AGGAAUGUUCUCCUGGCCUGCUGGUCUGUGCCGGCGAGUGUGCUGAGAGGAGGGCCUCUGGACAUCAAAGGUUCCUUUUGUCCCCUUCCGAGUGGCAGGGCAGCCCGGCCCGGGCUGCUGGCGAUGACUCAGGCCUGGCCCUGACGUCACCCACGCCCGGCCACUGGCCUCCCUCUGAAGCCAGGAAACUAGUUGGGGAGUGGCACUCGCAGCUGCAGCAAAUCUCAAAAUAAAGAGGCGACGGCCUUUCUCUUCCUCUCCAUCUCCCUAUAGCACACCUUUUAUUUCUUUUCUUCUUUUUAAGCCUCACGAAAGAUUUUACUUGUAGAUCAACUUUCAAAAUGUAGGAAGUCAGAAUGGGUGACAUCAUCAGAAAAAUAUGUGGAGCUGAUCACAAGAAGUGAAGAACCCAGAGCACGAAAGCGGUUGUGACUCCUGGGCCCAGGGAGUUGACAGCGUCUGGGCUUCAGAGGAGCCAGCGCCUCCGAGUUGUCUUGAAGUGAGGCUCUGCUGUAGUCCUGUUCUUCUGGCUCUAAGAUCUGAAUGUUGUGACCACUAAUUUGCUCUUUCCUGGAGGGUAACCCCAGUUUGGUCCACAAGGCUUGCUGCCCAAUCCUUGCCAACAGUUGAACCAAGACUCUGAGGCUGAUAUGCAAUGUCACUUACAACAUUAAUCAGAUACUGCAUUUAAGGUAGGAGGCAAGGUGGAUUCUAUUUUUAACUCUUAUGCACUCCAUCAUGUGCAAGCAACUUGGGUUCUCAAAUUUGUAUAUUCAAUGCUGGUAUCAGUGGUUUGAUUUUCAGCAAAUGUGACAGUGGCCUUUGCAGUGGUCAGCUCCGAGCUUUGAACUCUCAGAGGAGGAAGGGGAAAAAAAUUCAACACACCACCUCCUUGGUUGCAGUCUCAGAAAAACCUUGGAUGAGAAACUUCUUUUUUCAAUCCUGUUUUCCUGUUGAUAAAUUCAGUUCUGUGAUCACAGUUCAUUCAAGCUGUUCUGCGUAUGAUUUUUGUGUGUAUGUGACAAUUGCAUCUAAAACUUGUGAGCAAGAAGACAGAGAAAUCAGUUGGUCUCCAUCGCUUUACAUAAAAAUGGCUGAGUGUCUUGUCAUGCUAGCACUGCAUUAAGUGAUGCAUACAGGUUCACAGUGUCUUCACCUGGAAUAGAUUCCACCUCAAGAAACCAGUUUCUUUGCUCAUCCAUAAGAAGCAACUCCUCAUCUGAUCAAGUUUUAUAAUAAGAUUGCAGAAAUUCAGUCCCAUCUUUAGGCUCCACUUCUAGUUCUUAUGCUAUUUCCACCACAUCUGCAGUUACUUCCUCCACUGAAGUCUUGAAUCUCUCAAAGUCAUCCAUGAGGGUUGGAACCAACAUCUUCCAAACUCCUGAUCUUGAUGUGGAAGAAAUGGAGGACUCAGAACCAAGGAUUUCCAAGUGAUUUCUUCCAAAGCACAGGAAUCUCACUGUGUUAAAGCUGGUCUGUUCUAACUGAGACGGAGUUUCGCUCUUGUUGCCCAGGCUGGAGUACAAUGGCGCAAUCUUGGCUCACCACAACCUCCGCCUCCCGGGUUCAAGCAGUUCUCCUCUCUCAGCCUCCCGAGUAGCUGGGAUUACAGAUGACAGUCAUGUCCCUUUCCAGGGACCUCAAGGACGACUUUCACAGUGACACGGUACUCUCCAUCUUAAAUGAGCAGCGCAUUCGGGGCAUUUUAUGCGAUGUCACUAUCAUUGUGGAAGAUACCAAAUUUAAAGCCCACAGCAAUGUUCUGGCAGCUUCAAGCCUGUAUUUUAAAAAUAUCUUUUGGAGCCAUACAAUCUGUAUUUCCAGCCACGUCCUGGAGCUGGACGAUCUCAAAGCUGAAGUGUUUACUGAAAUACUUAAUUAUAUCUACAGUUCCACAGUCGUUGUCAAGAGACAGGAAACAGUCACUGAUCUCGCAGCUGCAGGAAAAAAGCUGGGAAUAUCGUUCUUGGAAGACCUUACUGAUCGCAACUUCUCAAAUUCCCCGGGUCCCUAUGUAUUCUGUAUUACUGAAAAGGGAGUGGUUAAAGAAGAAAAAAAUGAAAAAAGGCAUGAAGAACCAGCCAUCACUAAUGGGCCAAGGAUCACAAAUGCAUUCUCCAUCAUCGAAACAGAAAAUAGUAAUAACAUGUUUUCCCCGCUGGACUUGAGGGCAAGUUUCAAAAAGGUCUCCGACUCCAUGAGAACAGCUAGCCUUUGCCUGGAGAGGACGGAUGUCUGCCACGAGGCAGAGCCUGUCCGCACACUUGCCGAGCACUCAUACGCUGUUUCUUCCGUAGCUGAGGCUUACAGAAGUCAGCCUGUACGUGAACAUGAUGGCAGUUCACCUGGUAACACAGGGAAAGAAAAUUGUGAAGCCCUUGCAGCGAAACCGAAAACAUGCCGGAAGCCAAAGACAUUCUCCAUACCACAGGAUUCGGAUUCAGCCACAGAAAAUAUACCACCCCCUCCAGUAUCCAACUUAGAGGUUAAUCAAGAAAGAAGUCCACAGCCAGCUGCUGUUCUCACUCGUUCAAAAUCUCCAAACAAUGAAGCAGAUGUCCAUUUUUCCAGGGAAGAUGAAAAUCAAUCUUCUGAUGUUCCCGGGCCGCCAGCAGCAGAGGUUCCACCUCUGGUGUACAAUUGUAGCUGCUGUUCCAAAGCCUUUGACAGCAGCACUCUGCUCAGUGCCCACAUGCAGCUUCACAAGCCAACCCAGGAGCCUUUAGUGUGCAAGUAUUGCAACAAACAAUUCACCACCCUGAACAGGUUGGAUCGGCAUGAACAGAUCUGCAUGAGGUCAAGCCACAUGCCCAUUCCUGGAGGAAACCAACGCUUUUUAGAAAACUAUCCUACCAUUGGACAAAAUGGAGGUUCAUUCACAGGUCCAGAACCUUUAUUAUCUGAAAAUAGGAUUGGUGAAUUUUCCAGUACCGGAAGUACUUUGCCAGACACGGACCACAUGGUUAAAUUUGUUAAUGGGCAAAUGCUCUACAGUUGCGUUGUGUGCAAACGUAGUUAUGUGACCUUAUCUAGCCUCCGAAGACAUGCAAAUGUUCACUCCUGGAGAAGAACAUAUCCUUGCCAUUACUGCAACAAAGUAUUUGCAUUGGCUGAGUACAGGACAAGGCAUGAAAUUUGGCAUACGGGAGAAAGACGAUAUCAGUGCAUUUUCUGUCUUGAAACUUUCAUGACCUACUAUAUACUCAAAAAUCAUCAGAAGUCUUUCCAUGCCAUCGAUCAUAGACUUUCCAUCAGUAAAAAAACAGCAAAUGGAGGCUUGAAGCCUAGUGUCUAUCCAUAUAAACUUUAUAGGCUACUGCCUAUGAAAUGCAAGAGAGCCCCUUAUAAGAGCUACCGAAAUUCUUCCUAUGAAAAUGCACGAGAAAACAGUCAAAUGAAUGAGUCCGCACCUGGUACCUAUGUUGUUCAGAAUCCACACAGCUCUGAAUUACCAACGCUGAAUUUCCAAGAUACUGUAAACACCCUGACCAACAGUCCAGCCAUCCCAUUGGAAACAUCUGCAUGUCAGGACAUACCCACUUCUGCCAAUGUACAAAAUGCAGAGGGUACCAAAUGGGGAGAGGAGGCAUUGAAAAUUGAUCUUGACAAUAACUUUUAUUCAACUGAGGUGUCAGUUUCUUCCACUGAAAAUGCUGUCAGUUCUGACCUCCGGGCAGGGGAUGUACCUGUUUUAUCUUUGAGUAAUAGCAGUGAAAAUGCUGCCUCUGUGAUCAGCUACAGUGGCUCUGCACCCUCGGUCAUUGUACACAGCAGCCAGUUUUCAUCGGUGAUCAUGCACAGCAAUGCCAUUGCUGCCAUGACCAGCAGCAACCACAGAGCCUUUUCAGACCCAGCUGUCAGUCAGUCCCUGAAAGAUGACAGUAAGCCCGAGCCAGAUAAAGUGGGUAGGUUUGCAAGCAGACCCAAAAGCAUUAAGGAGAAAAAGAAAACUACAUCACAUACCAGGGGAGAAAUACCGGAGGAGUCAAACUAUGUUGCUGAUCCUGGAGGAUCACUGAGCAAAACCACAAAUAUUGCUGAAGAAACCAGCAAAAUUGAAACCUACAUUGCAAAACCUGCUCUGCCGGGAACCUCCACAAAUAGUAAUGUUGCACCCCUUUGCCAAAUAACAGUGAAAAUUGGAAACGAAGCCAUUGUGAAAAGGCACAUUCUAGGAUCUAAAUUGUUUUAUAAAAGAGGGAGAAGACCCAAGUAUCAGAUGCAGGAGGAGCCUUUGCCACAGGGGAAUGACCCAGAACCCAGUGGAGACAGCCCACUCGGGCUUUGCCAAUCCGAGUGCAUGGAGAUGAGUGAAGUGUUCGAUGACGCAAGUGACCAGGAUUCCACUGACAAACCGUGGCGCCCUUACUACAACUACAAACCCAAAAAGAAAUCCAGACAGUUGAAAAAAAUGAGGAAAGUCAACUGGAGGAAGGAGCACGGAAACAGGAGCCCGAGCCAUAAAUGUAAAUACCCAGCAGAACUGGAUUGCGCCGUGGGGAAGGCUCCUCAGGAUAAACCCUUUGAGGAAGAAGAAACUAAAGAGAUGCCCAAGCUGCAGUGUGAACUCUGUGAUGGAGACAAAGCAGUGGGGGCUGGAAACCAAGGAAGGCCCCACCGACAUCUUACUUCUCGGCCAUAUGCCUGCGAGCUCUGCGCCAAGCAGUUCCAGAGCCCUUCCACACUCAAAAUGCACAUGAGAUGUCACACCGGGGAGAAGCCAUACCAGUGCAAGACCUGCGGACGGUGCUUUUCGGUGCAAGGAAACUUACAGAAACACGAACGCAUCCACCUGGGCUUGAAGGAGUUCGUCUGUCAGUAUUGCAACAAGGCAUUCACCUUGAAUGAGACCCUCAAAAUCCAUGAAAGAAUCCAUACUGGAGAAAAGCGUUACCACUGUCAGUUCUGCUUUCAGAGAUUUUUGUAUCUCUCCACCAAAAGGAAUCACGAGCAGAGGCAUAUUCGGGAGCAUAAUGGGAAGGGCUAUGCCUGCUUCCAGUGCCCCAAAAUUUGCAAAACAGCUGCUGCCCUUGGAAUGCACCAAAAGAAACACUUAUUCAAAAGCCCAAGUCAGCAGGAGAAAAUAGGUGACAUGUGCCACGAAAACUCAAAUCCCUUGGAGAAUCAACAUUUCAUUGGUUCAGAAGACAAUGACCAAAAGGAUAACAUACAAACCGGUGUGGAAAAUGUUGUCCUUUGAGUGGCAAGAAUUAGAAAAAUCUUCAAAAAUAUAGUUGGUGGUUUUUUUUAGUUAUGAUUUAAGUUUAGUUUAAUUUUGUCCAUGUGACAGUCAUGAAGGAGUGAAAUUAAAAAAAAAAAAAACUCAUUUGUGAAAAUUCCAGAAAAAGGAUCCUAAUAUCUACUUUGGGUUUUAGCAUUAACUUUAUGCAAAGUGCACAAAAACAAAAUAGCUGACUCCUCCAAUAUCCCAAGUUUCUUGUGAAAGUUAAUAAAAUUCUUAGCUGUGGUAUUUCUACCAGUGAAAAAAGGAGUUUAAUUUUAGCCUAGUUUAAAACUUUCUAAUAAUUGCUAAUAAGAACUGGCUGCUGAACUGUCUUUAGUCACUGGAGAAAAUAAGGGUCAGAUAUCCUGAAGAUGGCAUCUUCGUAAAUAUGUUACAUGGUAAUGAGCUGUGUGAUGGUCUUUAUUCCCAUCUGGCUUCUGCACUAUUAAAAUCUGUUUAAAUUAAUGGAUACACAUGAAAUACUUAAACAAUAUAACUGAAAUUAUGUGCAUAAUGAGUAACCUAAAGUAGGACAUUCAUACAUUAUGUAGAACUACUUUUCUGCAACACAAACCUUGUAAAAUACAUAUAUAAAUCACUAUAACUUUUAACUGUCCAUAUCCCCUGUAGAGAAUUAUGAGGAGCAAUAGAUCUGCAAAUAAUGAGGACUGAUGUAAAAAUCAAUAGAAAGCAUUUUGAAUAUGAUUUAAGAGCAUGUGAAUGCUUUUAGAUGGAAUGCUGUUCCCUUGAAGUUAUGGCUGAGCUGUUCUUAGAACUGGUCUACUCAAUUCACAGAAAACAUAGGUCAUGCCUUAUCUAUGGGGGAACACCCUCCCAGAAUUUACCUGUGAUUACCUGUGCUGCAUAUUACUUUGCAAUGGCCUCAUCUCAGAGAAUGAAAGAGGGUCACAUUCUUCUGAAACUCUCUGCAGUCUUCCAACCACCACAAGGCCAUGGAUGUGGGGGUCUAUUCCAGACAGACUUAAGGGUUCAAGUGGAACCUGCCAUCUCCCAUUCCACUGAAGGACUGUCCAAGAGAUUUAGUGCAAGGUACACUGCAGUAGUGAAUUCCCAGGCACUUGAAAGUGACUGCCUAAUCCCUACAAUUACUAGCCUUGUUGGAGAUUAUGCAGCCCACAAGUACAGACUAGUAUAAAGCAAAAGGACAAAGGAACCCCCACCCUCCACCCCACCCAUUAAUGACUUGAGUGGGCAAGAAGAAGUGAUGGCCUUCCUUGCCUAAAACAGUAGCUUUGUUUUUAGGGGAUGGGAAGGUAGGAUGUGGAGUGACAUGGUUCUAUCCUUUACUUAUGAGACUCAGAAAUAUAUCUACAAAGCCAGAUGCUCUGUCUUCAUAUUUGCAGACAUCUAGACCCCUUGCUAAAAACCCACUGAAGUUUUUUUUUUAUGUUCUUUGACCCACACCAUCAACAUUACCCUCAAAUCUGAUUGCCCUACAGCAUAUUCUAUCAUGUGGACUAGGUUCCUGGAAAGCCGGAACUCAUGAUUCUUUUUCAAACUGCCAGAAUAGAAGGGAGAGAGAAAACAUUUCUACCCUUUGAUCACCAGUGUGAACAGAAUCCGGAAUGCAGUUUCAGCGUGACCUGCAGUCAUUCAUGUUCAUUGGAUUUGACAGAUGGAAACCCAAGGUUAUCGAAGAUUGGAAGGUUAUCAUUGUGAAGAAGUAGCUCAAAGGACUCCGGUUUCUGUCUACAAGUGUGAUGUCUCCAUGAAGAAGACUUAGUAUGGAUUUGGGUGGGUAAGAAAGCAUUUAAACGCCCAGGAAAGGACAUGAUUAAAGUUGACCUUUUAAUACUGUAGUACCUUGCUGUUAAGUAACCCCACUAUUGUAUCUGCAUUUAUCUUUUGUUCAUCUACUUUCACUUACAUACAGUAUUAUAUAAGUAGAGAAAAAUGGGAAAAUGCAAGCAAAUUCAACUUUAUUUUAUACAUGUAUAUAUGUACACCCUACACUAUUCAUUUGGGUUUUAUUAAAGAGAUAGUCACAAAGGGCUUAUGAAAAUCAUUUUUGAAUUGAUAAUUAGAAUAUUGAAUAAGCAAUCCUAUGGUCCACUAAUUUGUUUUAUCAGUUAAUAAUAUUAAUCAAAGACAUUUACUGUAUAUUCUAGUCAUUUUGAUUUGAGUUAACCCCAAAUAUAAAAUUACCUGUAGUGAUGUCUCUCUCCCAGCCCUUAUAUGUGGAUAUUUUUUAAGUGGACUUGUAUGCUGAUAAUUCUAGACCAAAGUAAAUAUGGCAGAAUAUUUAUACAUGAAAAAAUAAUUUUGCAAAUAUUUUCUAUAAUUGUAUUCAUUUAAAAUGUUGAUAGCUUGUGUUAGUUUCAGGGAGGGGUGUAUAUUUUGAUAAAAAAAUACUUGACUUUGUAAUUCUGUAUAUUCUAUACAAUUUAUAGCAGAGCCGUUUUAAGACAGCCUUGUCACUUUUUUUUGUUAAUUGUGAAAAUUUUAUUGAGUGAUGUUUAAGUAUGCAUUGAGUACAUGACCAACUAGAAUUAAAGUAAGUGUAAACAGUGAACAUACUGUAUGCUGUACAAGAUAUAAUGUAACUUGCUGUUUUAGCAUCUGUAUUUUGGUUAGAAGAUAUUAUUAAAUGCAGAUGUUAAGGAUUGGAAAAGUCUAAUUUUAUUUUUAGAAAUAAUGGAUAUAAAUUUGUUUUUGCUUGAUUAAAAUAGCUUAUUCCUACAUUAAGUCUCUUUUUAAAUGUUUUCAUGUUAUUUCUUUUGUGCAGCUAUUUCAUCUGUGUGAGUCACAGCUUUGUUUCCACGUAUUAUUCAGUUUAUUUCUGUUUCCUUACUUGUUUACAUUCCGUGGUACCUACUUACAUGCUUAGGAGUCAAAUGGAUUAUGACAUUAGGAAAAAAGCAGAAUAAAAGAGAUUGAAGUCUUCUGA